AAUGACGCCGACGGUUGCCAGUAGUAGAGAUGGCGUCGAAGGGACUCCGGCAUAGAAACAGACGAGGAAGCAAACAAGACGCAAACAACGUGAACCCCAGUCUUCCCAGUGACACCCGGACAGCAAAGGAUGAAAAAGGGACCGAGGACGUUAAAACGCCAGAAACGCGCAAUGAGUCUUCCAGCAAGGCAGGCCAGGUUUGGGCACCUGAGGGUUCCACCGCCUUCAAGUGCCUGGUGUCUGCCCGCUUCUGUGCGGCGUUGCUUAGCAACAUCUCCGACUGUGACGAGACUUACAAUUACUGGGAGCCUACACACUACCUACUGUAUGGCAAAGGCAUGCAAACAUGGGAGUAUUCCCCGGAAUACGCCAUCCGCUCCUAUGCCUACCUGUGGCUCCACGCUCUGCCAGCCUGUUUCCAUGCCAAGAUCCUGCAGACCAACAAGGCAUUGGUGUUCUACUUCCUGCGAUGUGUGUUGGCAUUCAGCUGCUGCGUGUGUGAGCUCUACUUCUACAAGGCCGUGUGCAAGAAGUUUGGCCUGCAUGUGGGUCGCCUCAUGCUGGCCUUCCUGGUUCUGAGCGCGGGGAUGUUCUGUUCCUCGGCAGCCUUUCUGCCCAGCACUUUCUGCAUGUACUGCACCCUGGUGGCCAUGACGGGCUGGUUCCAGGACAGAUCCAGCUUGGCCGUUCUGGGGGUGGCGGCCGGGGCCAUCGUGGGCUGGCCUUUUAGCGCCCUCUUGGGGCUGCCCAUCGCCCUCGACUUGCUGCUCCUGAAACGCAAAUGGAAGAGCUUCCUCACUUGGACUCUGGUGUCAUUGCUGCUCUUCCUGCUACCUGUAGUCAGCGUACUGGGUUUUUUUUGUUGCCAGCUGUGUCCAGAAGCUAGUCUUGUGGUUCUGUUUUCAGUUCAGAACCUGGGCCGCCCGUACUGGCUCACCCUGUCCCCCAUGUAUCUGUGGAUGCUGGUGUUCUUCACGAGGCCCCAUAAGGAGGAGCGCUUUCUGUUCCCCAUCUACCCCCUAAUCUGCCUGUGUGGGGCUGUGGCCCUUUCCUCCUUGCAGAAGUGCUACCACUUCCUCUUCCAGCGGUACCGCUUGGAGCACUACACCAUCUCCUCCAACUGGCUGGCCCUGGGCUCCGUUGUGCUGUUCACUGUGCUUUCCCUGUCACGCUCUGUGGCCCUCUUUAGAGGCUACCACGCCCCUCUGGACCUCUACCCGGAGUUCCACCGCAUCGCCAAGGACCCCACCGUGCACAUGGUCCCCGAGGGCCGGCCCGUCACCGUCUGCGUGGGGAAGGAGUGGCAUCGCUACCCCAGCAGCUUCCUCCUGCCCAACAACUGGCAGCUCCAGUUCAUCCAGUCCGAGUUCCGGGGUCAGCUGCCCAAACCAUUUAGCCAGGGACCCCUGGCCACCCAGACCAUCCCCUCAAACAUGAACGACCAGAACCUGGAGGAGUCCUCGCGAUACGUCGACAUCAAGCAGUGCCAUUACCUGGUGGACCUGGACACGGAGCGGCAGGCACCGCGGGAGCCGCGCUACGCCGCCAACAAGGACGAGUGGACGGUCGUCGCCUACAAGCCCUUCCUGGACGCCUCCAGGUCGUCCCGCCUCCUCAGGGCCUUCUUCAUCCCCUUCCUGUCCGAGCAGCACAUCACCUACAGCAAUUACGUCAUCCUGAAGCCGCGGCGGUCGAAGCAGGCCAGAAAGCGGGGACAGCCUUGACCCCGGCGACUGCAGCCCCUCCGCGUGUUCCAGGGACCAUCUCUCCUGACGCUCCCCCCCCCACCGCCCCCACCCCCACUGAGCUCAGUCACUGUCCUCACUGCUCCUACCUUGCUGGCAUCCCGUAUUUCGCAGGACAUCCGCUCUCGCCCAUGCUCUGGUGACCGCGAAGCAUCGUCAAGGUGACAACCCUUAGCCGCCAGCCAAAGAGCAAAUGUGAUUGGAUGGCAGCCUUCUGAGCAAGGACUGGUUGAGAAAAUGACACACAGUGCAGGACAACAGACAGCCCCCACCCCCUCCAAUGCAUGCAUUCUGCACCACUCAUAUAUUCCCUUGAUCUCUGAUGAUGCACCUGAAGUUCUCUGAAGACUCGACUUGCCCCUUUGUGCUCCUGUCUGCCAUGUCCUUCAUGUCUCGAGAUUCCGAGGUGGAUGUUUCAGCAGCUCUCUUGUCCUGGUUUCCUUUUUUGUUUAUUCUGUGAAGAUGGAGCUGUGACAGUCCCAGUCCUACUCAGUCCUUUGACCCCUAUCUCCUAACAACUCGCGGAAGGGCUCACAUCUUCCGACCAUAAACAGCAGGCCUUCUGCAGGUUUGCCAUUAGCCGUACCAUCUCUUCAGAGAAUCAUGAAUCCUCGAGCGUUGGCCUGAUUUCACGACGGUCCCCGAGGGACAUCAGGCUGUGUCUGGUGAAUGUUUACAUUUGGACCAUCUUGUGUUUUGUGCAAGGAAAUUGGAACAGUGUUAACUGUAAUUAUAACAUUAUCGAAUAAAGGCCUGUCUUAAUGAGUAAAAUGC